GAGGCUGGCGUGGAGCUCAACAUCAUCACUUGUUAUAACGGCUUAAUAAUUUCUUCGCCGUGGACGCCCGGCACAAGCGCGGUAACCUCAGCACCCGAAACGCUUCAUUAGACACGAGAAACAAACACACAUACUUACAGAACGACACUUUUCGGUUGUGUUGGUAAUUUCUGGUGGAUUUUAAGUGUGAAGCGGUGAAGUCAAUCCCAGCGGAUCAACAGCUCCCGUCACAUCUCAAGACAAACUUCACCGGACACACUUUACAAGCGCAAUGAAGUACAGCUACUGGAAUCUUUGAAUUGAGUGGAGGAAGUCAACAGUAAAAAGUCUGGUUUGAAGAAACGUGUGAAGAAAAGGCAGAGAGACAAAAGAAUAAAGUUCAUUGGUGAAAGAGAGAGAAGAAAAGACGGGGAAAAUGGGGAGAAAAAAGAUUCAGAUCACUCGGAUUAUGGAUGAACGUAAUAGACAGGUGACGUUCACAAAGAGAAAGUUUGGUCUGAUGAAGAAAGCCUACGAGCUGAGCGUGUUGUGUGACUGUGAGAUUGCCCUCAUCAUCUUCAACAGUACCAACAAGCUGUUCCAGUAUGCCAGCACAGAUAUGGACAAAGUGUUGCUUAAAUACACCGAGUACAAUGAGCCUCAUGAGAGCAGGACCAACUCUGACAUUGUGGAGACCUUGAGAAAGAAGGGUCUCAAUGGUUGUGACAGCCCUGACCCCGACGCAGAUGACUCAGUUGGCCAUAGCCCAGAGUCUGAGGACAAGUACCGUAAAAUCAACGACGAUAUAGAUCUGCAUAUGAUCAGCAGACAGAGGCUGUGUACAUUGAACAAGAAGGAGAACAAAGGAGGCGAGAGCCCGGAGCUUGAGUCUGUUCUCGCCCUUACUCCACGCACCGAAGAGAAAUACAAACAGAUUAAUGAAGAGUUUGAUUUUAUGAUCAAGACUCAAAAGAUACCUGCUGUGCCCCCUUCCAACUAUGAAAUGCCCAUUCCCGUGAAUAACCAGAUCUACCCUGGCAACCAUAACUUGCUUCCCUUGGCCCAUCAUGGCCUACAGAGAAAUAGCAUGUCACCUGGAGUCACACACCGACCUCCUAGUGCAGGUCUGAUGGGAGCUGAUCUCUCCACUGGCGCAGGCACCAGUGCUGGAAACGGCUAUGGAAACCAUCGCAACUCUCCUGGACUUCUGGUGUCCUCUGGAGGCAUGAACAAGAACAUGCAGGCCAAAUCUCCUCCACCCAUAAACCUCGGGAUGAACAGUCGUAAGCCUGACCUGCGAGUGCUCAUCCCACCAGGAGCCAAGAACAACAUGCCUUCUAUUAACCAGAGAAUAAACAAUUCUCAGUCUGCACAGUCACUGGCUACCCCUGUGGUUUCAGUAGCAACACCUACUUUACCUGGGCAGGGAAUGGGUGGCUACCCAUCAGCCAUUUCCACUUCAUAUGGUACAGAAUAUUCCCUGAGCAGUGCAGAUCUUUCCUCUUUAUCUGGCUUUAACAGUGCCAACACUCUGCAUCUAGGUUCAAUGAGUGGAUGGCAACAACAUCAGAUCCAGAACAUGCAGCACUCUGCUCUCAGUCAGCUCGGAAAUUGCUCUAGCACUCACUUAUGUCAGGGUUCAAAUCUGUCCCUGUCUUCUACUCAAAGCCUGCACAUCAAGUCCGAACCUGUUUCUCCUCCUAGAGAUCACUCGAGCAGCACCACGCCCAUCGGCUACGGCCCUCUGCCGUCCCACUCGCAGCACCAGGGGCAGCACCCACAGGGGCGACCGGACUCGGGCCGUUCCCCCGCCGACAGCCUCAGCAGUUGCGGCAGCUCACACGAGGGCAGCGAUCGCGAUGAGCACCGUCCGGACUUCCAUUUGCCUUUGGGUUUGGGCCGGCCUAGUCUGGAUGAGCAAGACAGCCCGUCCAUCAAGCGGGUCCGCCUGUCAGAGGGGUGGGCCACAUGAUCAGCUACGUCCAUUUGAGAUUCCCUUCUUCGAUAUUGACCUCCCCCGCGCUUAGCAACGUGGUUCAAUGUCCCUCACACGUUCCUAAUCUCUCUCUGCUUUUUAUGAUGAGUCACAAUCAAAGUUUUGUUGUAGAGGGGAGGGAGUGCUCUCUAAAUUACCUGUAACUUUUUUAUGAGAGUUUGUCUGAUCUACAUUUUGUGAUUUACGGGUCUUAGGAAGGGAAAGGGAAGGUGGAUUAGUGCAACAGGGUUGGGGAGGGUUUAGUGGGCAGGGUAACUAUGCAUAACUUGUGCAUUAUGUGAAAAGAAUUGCCAUAUAUGCAUAUAUAUUUACACGUGUGUAGGUGUACAUGUAUGCAGAGUAACAAACCAACAAAAAGUGUCAGGUACUCUUUGUAUUUUUCUUCUUCUUUUUUUGUAUAAGUAUUUAAACUUGCCUCAGUAACAUUUGGGCCACAAGAUUGCGGAGGUGACAGGUUAGCACUUGAGUUGUUGUACUAAUAUAAUGUGUACAGAUUGAAUUUUUGUGCCACUCUCUAGAGGGCCCCUUCGCUAUAUGUACAGUAUGUUUUGGGUGACAAUGCCAUGUUGCAGGUUCAACGUAUUGUACAUAGAGAAAAGGUAGGGAUAAAGGGGGCAGGGUUAAGGUUGAUAAGUAUUGGUGAUUUCACACAAACAAACAAUUAUGCAAGAAUUUUGAUGGACUGUACAGAUUUAUGUGCAGAUUCCUGAGUUUUGUUAGGAAUAAGAAAAUAUUUAAGGCCCUCCAAUGAAAAAAAAAAACUCGCCCAGUGACGAAAGGAUAGAAACAAUAGCAGGACAGAGUGACGCUGAGUGGAUGAUGGACUUUUAUGUAAGAGCUAUGUUAAUUCUGAUGAAAUGUAAAAUCUAGGACUUGUGUUUAUUGUUCAGUAUUAAAAGAAGAAAAAGAGAAAAAAAAUUAUUUUACACUUUUUCAUAUCAAAAGGAAUACAAUGCAAAGCAUUUUUGUGGCUUUUAUAGUUUCUAAGAGCCAGAAUGUGUUUUGAUAGCUUUGCUUAUAUGAGAAAUGACAGCAGAAGGAACGAGGAACCUUGGGCUUUAAAUACCUAAGCCAUGAAAUCUGAAACUGUAAACUCUUGCUUUGCUCAAUGUUUUUCCCUCUCUCUUUGUAGAAGUUUUGUCUUUAAAAGUGCAUUUCUAAGUACUGAAUAAUAAUAUUAAGAAUCUUUUUAAAAUCUGUGAAAUUAACAUGCUUGUGUAUAGCUUUCUAAUAUAUGAAUAU